CACGUGCAAGGGAAGACAGAAUCACGCUCGAGGGAAACCUAACCGUGAGCUGAAGUCGUGCGCCCAGCGCGCCACAGUGACGAGACUGGCGGACCAGCCCCGGGUGCUUACUGGCGGAUAAGCCCCAAACAUAAGUUUCAGGUUCCGAGAUAUUUGAUUUGGCGGUUCAACCCCGUUGGCGGUUUAGCCCCGGUCUCCCCUACUUCAUGAUCCGCGACUUUAACAAUUUCUCCGAUCGCCACUUCGCCGGCUCCAAUCAAAAGGACAGUAUCGGCAUGAAAAAUCUGUUCGGUCUGAAGAACUCGGCCUGAAAAUAUCUGCGAACCAAGAUCACCCCUACCCUGACGACAAGCAAGUUAAAGCAGAUGUUGCCGUUGAUGCUGGAGACCGCAGAGGCCAUGAUGAAAUAUAUAGAAGAUCAAUCGGCGAAUCACGACAGCUUGAAGGUGUUGGACGCCCAAGAUCUCAACUACAAGUACACGACCGACCUGAUCGCUUCAAUCGCGCUCGGCACCAAGAUAGAUUCAUUCUACUAUCCGAACGAGUUCUCGGUCGCAGACAUCGAUUCGAUGGGUCAUUUCUCGCUGGGAACAGUGUUCUUCAUGGCCGAACUGGUGGAAGUGAUCGGUACAAGGAUGCUUUUCAACUCUGCCUUCGUGAGAAAAAUCUUCUGGACGGCGAUGGAGAACCGCGAGAGGACUGGCGAGAAACGAGGCGAUUUCAUCGAUUCGCUGAUCCAAAUAAAAAACGGCAAGCAGAAUCCCGUUUACAUGAUAGUGCUAUUCUGGAUAUAUGCCAAUUACAAAGUGAACUACUGGAAGAGACGCGGCGUCGAGUUUCUUACUCCCAACCUGAUCUUCGGCAACUUCAAGGAUGCCGUGCUCUUCCGUUCCGCACCGGGAUGGCACAUCGGUGACCUGCACAAGAUGGCCCGUCCGGACGCGCCCUUCGUCGGUUUCUACAUCUUCCACAAGCCGUGCCUGCUGUUACGCGAUCCAGAUGUCAUUAAGCACUUCAUGAUCCGCGACUUUGACAAUUUUUCCGAUCGCCACUUCGCCGGCUCCAAUCAAAAGGACAGUAUCGGCAUGAAGAAUCUGUUCGGUCUGAAGAACCCGGCCUGGAAAUAUCUGCGAACCAAGAUCACCCCUACCCUGACGAGGGGCAAGUUAAAGCAGAUGUUGCCGUUGAUGCUGGAGACCGCAGAGCCCAUGAUGAAAUAUAUAAAAGAUCAAUCGACGAAUCACGACAGCGUGAAGGUGUUGGACGCCCAAGAUCUCAACUACAAAUACACGACCGACCUGAUCGCUUCAAUCGCGCUCGGCACCAAGCUAGAUUCAUUCUACUAUCCGAACGAGUUCUCGGUCGCAGUUCAGCAGUUCUUUUAUGGAUUCAAAAGGAUGGUUGCCCUCGUAACAGUGUUCUUCAUGCCCGAACUGGUGGAAGUAAUCGGUACAAAAAUGCUUUUCAACUCUGCCUUCGUGAGAAAAAUCUUCUGGACGGCGAUGGAGAACCGCGAGAGGACCGGCGAGAAACGAGGCGAUUUCAUCGAUUCGCUAAUCCAAAUAAAAAACGGCGAGCAAAAUCCCGUUUACAAGUUCGAGGGAGACAAUCUACUGUAUCAGUCCGGUACUUUUUUCUCCGGCUUUGAAUCGAGCUCUACGUGCACAUCCUUCACCCUCAUGGAAUUGUCGAAGCAUCCAGAGUAUCAGGAGCUAGCCAGGAAGGACAUUAAUAGUGCGAUCGAGAAACACGGCUGGACAUACGAGGCGUUCCAGGAAAUGAAAUAUCUCGACCAAACUAUAUUCGAAAGUCUGAGGCUGCAUCCACCCGUGUCUACCCUCGACAGAUACACUCGUCAGGAUUACAAGAUUCCUAAUACAGAUAUCAUCAUCGAGAAAGACACGCCAAUAUAUAUCUCCUUAUAUGGGCUUGGUGUGGAUCCUAGAUUCUGGGAUGAACCGGAAGUAUACAACCCCGACAGAUUCGCCGAAGGCAACGCCAUUCCCGAUGCCUACAUGACGUUCGGGAUUGGUCCUAGGAUGUGCGUAGGAAUGAAAGUGGGUCAAUUGCACGCAAAAGUCGUUCUAGCUUUGUUGCUGAGAGAUUACGAGAUUUGGCAGACCAAAGAGCACACGAGCUUUCUAGACCCACGUUCGACCUUCACGGCUGCGGGAAAUGGAAUUAAUCUGCAUUUCAAGAAGAUAUGAUAAUGCACAUCAAAUAUUAUUUUUCAUUAGGCCGAUGUCUUUAUUGCCGGUCACAACUAAUAAGAAUCGAAAUAACGAUGAAUUUCGCAAUCUGGUUUUACACAAAGACGGACUUCGUUUAAGUUUACAUUUGAAACUUUGGUGUCAACCAUAUAUCCGACGGAUAUAUGUUUUGAAGAAUUCUAAAUGACUCAACUUAUUGAUAUUUAUAUAAACCUGCCGUUAUACAUGAAAUAAGUACGAAAUCUACUCGGAAUGUGGUGAAACUCAUAAUGAACUUAUUAUAUUUACAAGACGUCACAACAAAAUAUCAUUAAACAAUAUUUUUGUUAAACAACUCUUGAUAUUCUUAGUCGUUUACUCAACUGUAAUAUAUACACAUAAUGUCCAGUGUCCUGUUAAGGCUACAAACUCUGUCUCUUUAUUAUAAUAAUAUAAUAAACGUAAAAAGCGCGUGGAAUGUACAUCACACCUUACAUUAAUUAUAUUUAUGUUAAAAACAUUAAA